AUGAUAAUGGGAGCUUUGGACGAACAGCAAUUGAUGUUCUUAGGUCAACCAAGUAGUAGUCGGUGGGUGAACGAUAAUUUUGUCAUUGGUGAUCCUCUUGGAUCGGUGGUAGGACUGCGAAGGGGGCGGAAUCCAGGCACCAUUUAUGCUAUGAAAGAGUUAACAAGAAGUAGUUUACCACAUUUUAUUGAAACCGAGUUACGCGUUCUACAGCGUUGUGGAGGAAGUCACAAUAUUAUCCGAAUGCAUGCAGCUCAUAGAGAACGAGAUCGAGUAUUCAUUGUUAUGGAUUAUUUUGAGCACACAUCUAUCAAAGUACUUAUUUUACUCAUAUGUUUCUGCACAGUUAGUGACGUGGUGUUCUUCGACAACACAUUUUCCACUUCCUCGGAAAUGUUAGCUUCACUUACUACCCCGGAAAUAAUUGAUUAUAUGAAGAAUUUGUUGAUUGCUUUGGCUUAUCUACACAGGAAAGGCAUUAUCCAUCGUGACAUCAAGCCUUCAAACUUUCUUUACGAUAGGAAGCGAAGCAGGUUUGCAUUAGUUGAUUUUGGCCUUUGCGAGGAUAUAAGGAGUGCUAGUAGGGGAAAUUAUGGACGCCUUAGAAAGCUUAAUGGUACUACUCGGUGCGUUGCGAAAAGGAUUUGUUUGGAUGUUGAUGAUGGGAGGGAAAAUUUGGAAAAUAGAGGGAUCAGGAAACACGUUUAUCCGCCGAAAGACAUAAAUGGGCAGUGCAAGUGUUAUGGUCGGCCCACAGUUUGUAAUAUUUGCCAAAAACGCCCGAAGUUGAACGUCAACAAGCUUACCAACCUUUUAGUGCAAGCAGGGACCCCUGGUUUCCGAGCUCCUGAAGUAUUAUUGAAGUGUUCGUCUCAGACUGCUACUAUUGAUAUUUGGGCUGCAGGCAUUACGUUUCUUGCAUUACUUUGUCGGCGGCAUACGGUUAUGAGGCCUGCUGACGAUAUUGAAGCUUUAGAACAGAUGUCAACUAUUUUUGGUACUGAUCCUUUACGAGAUUUAGCAAAAAAGCAUGGUCUUUGCCUGCUAACUGACUUGACUUAUACUGGAGUAGAUCUGAUCAAAUUCACCAAAGCAGUUCGUGACGGUAAGCUUGGGUUCCUCAAGACAUUAAAAUUCAAUAACAGUUACUUGCUGUCAAACAGCACUAAGAAAGCUCGGGUAGUCUUCCGGAAGAUUCGAACAAACGUAAUUGCUCAAGUUGUACAAAGCUGUUUUACAAAAAUGAAAAAGGAAUAUGUUUGUGUAAAUGUAAUGAAGAGGAAUCCUGGAGUCAACUUGCACCAGUUUAUUGAGGUAAACAAAAGCUUUGAUUACGGGUCUCGUUGUCGAAGAAAAGGGCUUUAA